AUGUCUGAUGCUAAAUAUUUCCAAAGAGGAAAGAUCCAAGAACUUCGAACCGAAUUAAAUUCAGAAAAAAAAGACAAACAACAUAGUAAAAAGAAAAUAGUACUUAAAAAGAUUGUAGCCAAUAUGACGAUGGGAAAUGAUAUGUCAUCAUUAUUUCCGGAUGUAAUCAAUUGUAUGCGUAUCCCAGUUUUAGAAAUUAAAAAGAUGGUAUACCUUUAUUUAAUUAAUUAUUCGAGAACAAAACCAGAUAUAGCAGAAAUGGCGAUACCAACAUUUAUAAAGGAUGCAGAAGAUCAUAAUCCUUUAAUACGAGCAUUAGCCAUAAGAACCAUGAGUUAUAUUAAUGUUGAUAAAAUAGUUGACGCGUUAGUUGAUCCUUUACGUCAUUGUUUACGUGAUAGAGAUCCAUACGUUCGUAAAACAGCAGCCAUCGCUGUAGCAAAAUUAUAUAUGCAUGAUAAAGUAUUAGUUGAAAGUGAAGGAUUUAUAGAUUUAUUAAGAAAUUUAUUAAUUGAUGGAAAUCCCACGGUUGUAGCUAAUGCAGUUGCGGCAUUGACAGAAAUAUCAGAAAGAUCAGAUAAUAUAUUAUUAAAAUUAAAUUUGUGGGGUCAAACAUAUAUAUUAGAAGCUUUAAUGUCAUUUGUACCACAAGAAAUUGGAGAUGCAGAAACUUUAUGUGAACGGAUCUCACCAAGAUUACAACAUGCUAAUUCAAGUGUUGUUCUUACUGCUGUAAAAUUGAUAAUUGGACCAGAAGUUCAAUAUGUAGCUCUUCGUAACAUUCUUUUAAUUAUCCAACGAAGACCUGAUAUAUUAAGAAAUGAUAUUAAAGUUUUCUUUUGUAAAUAUAAUGAUCCAAUUUACGUUAAAUUGGCUAAACUUGAAAUUAUGUUUCGUUUAGCUAAUGCGAAUAAUGUUGAUCAAGUAUUAUCGGAAUUGAAAGAAUAUGCUACAGAAGUAGAUGUUGAUUUUGUAAGAAAGGCUGUUCGUUCUAUUGGCCGAUUGGCAGUUAAAAUAGAAUCUACAGCUGAUCGUUGCAUAGCAGCAUUAUUGGAUCUUAUACAGACAAAAGUUAAUUAUGUAGUACAAGAAGCUAUUGUUGUAAUAAAGGAUAUAUUUCGAAAAUAUCCAAAUCAAUAUGAAAGUAUAAUUGGAACUUUAUGUGAAAAUUUAGAUAAUUUAGAUGAACCCGAAGCUAAAUCUGCGAUGAUAUGGAUAAUUGGACAAUAUUCUGAUCGUAUUGAAAAUUCGGAUGAAUUAUUAGAUGAUUUUUUAUUUACAUUUUUAGAAGAACCGGUUGAAGUUCAAUUAUCUUUAUUAACAGCAACCGUAAAAUUAUUUAUAAAAAGACCUACCGCUGGUCAAGCCCUUGUACCUAAAGUUUUAAAAUGGGCAACUGAAGAUGUUGAUAAUCCCGAUUUACGUGAUAGAGGUUAUAUUUAUUGGAGAUUAUUAUCUACUGAUCCUGUUGCUGCCAAAGCAGUGGUUUUAUCAGAUAAACCACGUAUCUCGACAGAAAGUGAUAAUAUGGAACCUGUUUUAUUGGAAGAACUUCUUUUACAUAUUUCUAGUUUGGCUUCCAUAUAUCAUAAAUCUCCCCAAACUUUUAUUCAUCAUUCUAAAUCUAGAGCUUUGAUUCCUUCGGCUGUAUUAAAUCGUAAUCGAUUUCCUGGUCAAAGGCAACCACCACCAAAAAAUAUGUUAGAUGAUGAUUUCACUACGGAAAAUUUUGCCAACUUUGAAUCUAAUCCUUAUAAUGUUGAUGUUGUAAACAUUGGUUCUGAUGGUUUAGUUGAAAAUUUACUUUUGGAUAUAUAA